AGGAAAGAGGCUGGAACAGUGGGCUGUUAAAAGCAAGUGCUGAGGCCUCUACAGGAAGAUUUUUUUCUCCCUGAUAUUUCUCAGAGUGGAAAAUAAAUCUGACAAGGGAUGGAAGGCAGCAAAGAAAGAAGGUUUGGCUAAGUGGCUGGACUGAACGAAGACAAGAGGGUGACCUAAUCAUCAGAACGAGGGAAGGAACAUGGGAGAUAUGAAGACGCCUGACUUUGAUGACCUACUGGCGGCCUUUAACAUCCCUGACAUGGUGGAUCCUAAAGCUGCCAUUGAAUCUGGUCACCAAGAUGAGCAAGAUGGACAACUCAAGCAACAGAGCAAUCGGGGGACUGACUGUGAAGAUGAGUCUCACAACUCCUGCAGCGAACAUGAUGCAGGUGUUAGUGUAAUUGUAAAAAACAUUCGCAGCACAGACACAAGUGAAUAUGUUGGAACCAAAUUUGAAAAAGACAAAUAUUUUAACUCACAUUCCCAAGCAAGUGCUGUCGGGAAUGGACUACCUAAUGGCUGCUUAUCAACAGCACCACCAGCUGCUCAACACACUAAGGAAGGAUUGAAAGUUCCUAGAGAUGAUGGAUAUCGAUUCAAUCCUCAAUCUCAUACUUUCACUCAGUUCAGUCCAAUAUCUAGUGCUGAAGAGUUUGAUGAUGAUGACAAAAUUGAGUUAGUUGACACAACUGGCGUACAGAAAAGCCAAGUCUUCUUUACUUCCAUUGCUAAAACAGAAGACCAGAUUUCAAGGAUUGACUCUGAUUCAGGUCAAAACAAGAAUCAGAGUCAAAGGAGAUGUUCUUACAGUCCAUCUCGAUUACCUUUACCAGAAAAAACCCUGGAAGACAAUUUUUUCAAAUCUCAGAAUCAAGCUUCCAUGGAUGCUAUAAAGUCACCUGAGCUAGUUGAUGUGCUAAGUAUCCCACAAGUCAAAGACCAGUCCCCUACAAAACUGUAUUCUUGUAUAGCAGCUAUUGCAUCACUAAGCGGGAACACAUCUGAAUUUGAUGUGUUGGACUCUAUACCAGCACAGAAAGAGACUAAACCAUCUAAGGAAAAUCUCAGAGCAAUAGACAGACUACAGGAGCAAGAGUCAGACAUUGAUUUGACAAAGAACCUUCUUACCAGGGAACCAGAAAGCCCCUCUGGUGUCAUCAGUGAAUGCAGCAGCAAAGGUUCCCCUGCUUCUAACACAGACACCACUCCAGUCAUUCCAAAGGUUAGAAUUAAAACAAUUAAGACCUCUUCUGGACAGAUCAAGCGUACUGUCAGUAGAGUCCUUCCGGAAUUUGAAACUGAAAGCUUGAAGAAAGAAGACAAUAGUCCAUGUCUCAUGACAACUACCAGCACACUUUUUACAUCAUCAACAAGGCCCUCUUUGCCAUCGACUGUGGUAGCAACCAGCAGGUGUCCAUCAAUUGAAAUCACAAAACAAAUGACUAUUAAGCCUGUGGCAACAGCUUUCCUGCCAGUAUCUGCAGUCAAAACAGCUGGUUCACAAGUUAUUAACCUUAAGCUGGCCAACAACACUACAGUCAAAGCAACAGUUAUCCCUGCCGCAUCUGUGCAAAGUGCCAGCAGUGCUAUCCUGAAAGCCGCAAAUGCUAUCCAGCAACAAACAGUCAUGGUUCCUGCCUCCAGUUUGGCCAAUGCUAAGCUUGUGCCAAAGACAGUGCAUCUUAGUAACCUCAGUAUUCUUCCUCAGACAGUGUCAUCUGUUGCCUGUGAUCUUCAGCAGGUCUUAUGCUCCUCGAAACCAUCCAAAAAGCAACGACCACAACCAAGUAAACAGACUGGUGUCACUGGCCAAGCUUCUAAAAAAGUCUCUCGGGUUCAGGUGUUCACAAGCUCUCCAGGCUCUGUAGUAGAUGCUUUCAAUAAAGUCCUAAGUAGCCUGAACCCUCUUCCUGUGUAUGUCCCAAACCUCUCUCCACCAACCUCCGCCUGCAUUUCAUUACCCUCCCGGGGCUACAAGUGCCUGGAGUGUGGAGACUCGUUUGCUCUUGAAAAGAGCCUGACACACCACUAUGAACGCCGCAGUGUGCGAAUCGAGGUCACCUGCAACCACUGUGCCAAAGGUUUGGUUUUCUACAACAAAUGUAGCCUUUUAUCUCAUGCAAGAGGUCACAAGGACAAAGGGAUGGUCAUGCAGUGCUCACAUCUAAUCCUCAAACCCAUUCCUGCAGAUCAGAUGAUUAGUUCAUCAAAUUUGCCAGUGACCCCUUGUAUCAACACCCCCACAUCUCAAGCACAGGCACCUGCAAGUCAAACCCAAGCUAAGACUGCUGGUGGUAACCAGACUACAGUGAUAUCAGCUCCUUCCAGCGCUCCCCUUAUGGCAGCCAUGCCUUUGGAGGAUGAUGCAUCAAAGCUUGGUCGGCACAACUUGAAAUGCUUGGAGUGCAAUGAAAUAUUCCAGGAUGACAGUUCACUGGCCAUGCACUAUCAACAAGCACCAGAAUCCAACAGUCAGAAAACAUGCACAGUUUGCCAGAUGCUUCUUUCAAAUCAAUGCAGCUUUCUGUCACACCAACGAAUCCAUCAGCACAAGUCCCCUUAUAUUUGUCCGGAGUGUGGUGCCAGUUGUCGCUCUGUUCACUUUCAGUCCCACGUCACCAAGAACUGCCUGCAUUACACUCGCAGAAUCGGCUAUCGCUGUGUUCACUGUAGCAUGAUCUUUGUUGAUGUUACGACUCUCAAGUCUCACAUCCAGAACAUGCACUGUGAGGUCUUCUACAAAUGUCCACUCUGCCCCAUGGCUUUCAAAUCUGCACCAGGAACUCACUCCCAUGCAUACACACAGCAUCCAGGGGCCAAGGCAGGCGAGCCCAAAGUAAUAUAUAAAUGCUCCAUGUGUGACACAGUGUUCACUCUCCAGUCCUUGCUCAGCUCACAUUUUGAGCAGCACAUUUCCAAUUUUAAAGUUUCCGUCUUUAAAUGUCCUGACUGUUCCAUGCACUAUGCACAGAAGCAGCUGAUGCUGGACCACAUUAAGGCCAUCCAUGGAACCCUGAAGACCAUAGAGGCUCCACCAAACCUGGGGAUCAACCUUCCACUUAGCGCGAAGCCCACCAAUUCCAACAGCGCCAACAGCAACAUCCCUAAAAAUAACAACAAAGACGGAGAAAAUGUCUUUUGUCAAGACAAGGGUGAAAAGAAGCCUUCGUCAUCGCCACUGAAGACAACCAAUAGCAACUGUGCAGCAGACCUGAAGAGCCCUGUCAGCUCAGGAUACACAUGUGGAGAAUGCAACGCCCCCCUCAGGUCCAGGGAGCUGUUUGUCACACACAUGAGGCGUGAACACGGCAAGAUACUGAAGAAGCACCCAUGUCAGCAGUGUGAUAAGUCUUUCAGCUCCUCCCACAGUCUUUGCCGACACAACCGUCUAAAACACAAAGGACUACGAAAGGUCUACACCUGCCCAUACUGCCCUGCUCUAAGUCAGCCCUUCACAAAAAGAGUGCUGCUGGACCAGCACAUUCAGAUGAUUCACGGAGGUAAACACCCAGCAGGACGGACUGAAAAUGUUGAGACAUCACCUGACAAGCAAACGAACCGAAGCCCCAAAAGAAAUCCAGAUGAAGAUGAGGGGUCUCCAGGCUUCAACUCCAGGGGUUCCGACUCACAACCAUUGAAGAGACUAAAAGUGAACAUUCUCAAAAAUCACAAAUGCGCCGUCUGUGGCUUCACCACUGAGGAUAUUGCUGCUUUCCACAAGCACAUCCCCCAGCACAAGUCUGAUGGCUCAUCCCACCAAUGUCAGGAGUGUGGACUCUGCUACACCUCCCCCCGCUCGCUGGCUCGACACCUCUUCAUCGUCCAUCGGCUAAAGGAGCUGAAGAGUCUCGGUAGAUAUAAUGGGAGGGACCGGGAAGAUGAAGAGAGUCAACGGGAAAACCAAUUGGAUGUUGUAGAUGAGAACAAUGACGGGACGCCGAAUACCAAAUGUAAGGUGUGUGGGAAUACGUUUGAGACUGAAGGACAGUUGAAAACUCACAUGAGGACACAUGGGAUGGCGUUCAUAAGGUCAAAGACCCUUAGCGCUGCUCAAAAGUGAGAGAAAGAUGAAUUAUAUCCAUUUCAUAAGUUUCUUAAACCUGUGGUACCUCCUAUAGAUGUGGUUGUCCUGUAAAUACAUGAUGUAGUGUACAACUUUAUGUAAACAGUAGAAUACACACACAAGAAAAUUUAAUACACAUCAAAGUCUCCUUUUGUGUCUUUCAGCAAAAAUAUCAGGAACCUUUUUUCUACAGAUAGAGAAUUUUUAAUAGACUUUGAGUAAAUUUUUUAAGAUGACCUGAUUAUUUCCAAAGUAUUCUUUUCACUACAACAAGACAAUGUAUAAAACCACUAUUAUAAUCUGCAUUUGAUUAGCAGUCUAGAUUUUAGUGCUUCUGAUAUUCAACAAAAGUCUGGCAGAAAAAAAAAAAUUAAACUACAGGUACAGGCAUUUCCUUUGUUGAGGACCUAAAUUUCAGACUAUACUCUGAAACUGCAAUUUUCACAAAUUAACUAUUUCUUUCCCUUAUUGCCAUGACAAGAAAAUGCAGCUGUGCAUCGAUAGUUUGUCUAAAAAUGCUAGAUGCCAAAACAAUUUAAUCCAGAGGCAUUUUGAGCUUUCGGAAGAUUUCUGACCUAUUAAAAACAAACUGCAUCCAACAAAUAUCAAAAAAAGUCUGAUGAAUAGAAAAAUUAACAAAGAUUUCAAAAUGAAUUAUUUAAAAGAAUAAAGUAACGGUCAAAUAAAAAUUAUUCAGUAUCUCAAAUAAUAUGUUUUUGUCUAAUAAUCCUCAGCCAAAUUCAAGAACAAUUUCUAAAAUUUGUUCUCGUCAUGGCAGCUCUCUGAGGUAAAUAUAUUUUUUCCAAAAUACUUAAUACACAAAAUAUUAAGCACUUGACUUUCAGUCUUUCCAGAUAGUUAGUGUCAGUUUGUCUUUAGAGCACAGUGGAAAUAAGACUGACAUAUCCAUAAUAAUGUUUAACUGAUUCUUAGAUAUUUUUUUUCUUUAGAAUAACUUUUCUAUAUUUAAAAUUGUAGGUUGAUGUUGGAAUUAUGAUGAAUGAGCGCUGCCUUGAAUCUUGCUGAAAAUGAAUGUAUCCUUGUCGGUGAAGCUGAAAUAUUCAUAGCACAUAGCUAGUUAAUAAAACAUUAUCUCAAUAGUGUUUAAUUACUUUUUCACAGCAACAAUGAGGUUCUUUAUUUGUCAGCAGCCUCUUUCAUGGAACAAGUCACAAAGUCGAGCCUGUAUUUAAAAUGCCUCUGGUUGUAAUAGCUUAUCAAUACAUAAUCAUCAGCUUAUAUAAAUGAAUCUAGGUUAAUAGUUAACCUGACAGGAUCAAUAAUAAUCAUCAGACAUAACUGAUGUUUCAGACGUCUCCCAUUCUCGUAAAGCAUAUUGGAGACAUAAGAUUUACUUAAAAAAAAAAAAAAAAACGGAAAAAAAACUUUCAGGCAUCUGGCCACUGGUACAUCUAAAGUAUAAAUGCCAAGUUCCACAGCUUUCAGGUUUCUGUUUGGCUAUAACUCACUCUAACUUAACCAGUUUAACGUGUGAAAUUGACUCAAAUUGAUAAGCAUCAAACGGCACUGGCUGGUCUAAUAGACUGCAGAACAGGCUAACCUUUACACAAGUAAAGGUCUGUCAUUGUCUCACUUCAAGGCUAAGAAGAGGAGCAGCCAGGGUUGGCCAGCCGUGGGUUGACAUGGCGUCUAAAUCACCAGUCAAGUGUUUUGUGAACGAGUGUUAUCAGUAGUCGACAGCAGUCAGGGCUGACUAAGUUUGAAAAAUGAGCAACACAGUUUCAAAUUGGUCUCAAGCUACACAUUCAUAACAGGACGAUUUGAGACCACGCUUUAGAAACUCCCAAAUAAUUUCACAAUCCUGUUAAGGCUGUGUUACUUUUGCCUGAGACAGUUACAACGCUGUGGAAAAAAAUGUUCGCCUCUUUUAAGUUCUUCAGUUUUUCCUGUUUUAUUUUUUUGUUGUUUUUUUUUUUUUUU